ACAGUGUGUGUGUUGUUGCGCAUAUAGAUGCGCAUUGAACAUUUACAUAAAAGAAAUUUUUUGUCAAUAAACAAUAUGUCAAUGUCAACAUAAGUAAAGUGUUUACAUUUUAAAUAUUAAAAAAAUUUUUAUGAAUGCAUUAAUUUGCUGUUAACAAUAUUAAAUAUUAAAAAUUUCUAAAAUGGUUAUACAAUCAGUAAAUUCUUGUGUUAAACCUUAUCUAAAUACUUAUAAAGAAUGGGUGACAUCAAAACCCCAGGUCAUUGCUGAUAUCGAGGGUGCUGUCAGGUGUCUGUCAUAUUUUACUGCUGGAAAAUUUACAAAUUCAUCAUUAGCAUCUGAGUUGAUUUAUUCAAUGCCAAAUUUACUUAUUUUGAUGAAUGAUCGUCUUAUUUACAGUACAAAAUAUUCACAUCUUAAAUUGCCACAGUUUCAAUCACAAAUAAAAAUUUGGCUAACUGUUAUUGAAUAUACUGAAGCACUUAUUGAAGUUUCAGCACAAAAAUUAUGGGGAGAUGUUGGAAAAUGGGUUGUUAUAUUUAUUGUACAAUCAUUAAAAGCAUUGCUGAGAUUAAUUCUUGUUCAUCGUAAUAAAGAAAGAUUAAUUAAAAAUCCUCCAAUUGCACCAUUGAAUCGUGAAAAAUUACGACAAGAAUCGAAAAGCCAAGAUUUACCGAAAGAAGGUUUUAGUCUAAAACGUACUGGAACUGUUGUUAGAAGUGUCAAUUAUUCUGGACCAAGUAAUUCACGUUUUUGGACACCACUUGGUAAAACUGAAGAUGAUGAAUCUCAACCAGAUACAACUGAAGUUAGACAAAGUCUAAUAAUUGCAGAGACUCUGUAUAUCAUGAAGCCAUUGAUUCAUUUAACAGCAUUUAUUGUAAAAGGUAAAAAUAAUUGGAUACCAUGGACAACAGCAUUAGCUAUUGAUUUAGCAAGUAUCCAUAUUUUAACAAAAGAAAAAAAUUAUACUAAAUUAACUAAAGAAGAAAAUGCCGAGUUAAUCAAACGAAGAAUUAAUUUACUUUUGUAUUUAGUACGAUCACCAUUUUAUGAUAGCUGUAGCAAAAAUAGAAUUAAUUAUCUUCUUGAUGGUAUUUCAAAUAGAAUACCAUUAGCAAAAUAUAUUGCUCAGCCAAUUGCUAAAUAUUUACCACACUGGCAAGAAACAUAUUUCUACAUGUGGUCGUCUUAAUAAUCACAUCAAAAACACAAAUGAUUUUAAUUAAAUAUCAUUCCAUUUAAAAAAAAAAAAACAAAUUAUUCAAAAAGGACAAA